UUGACAGAACCAUUUCCAAUUUUUCCAUUUUUCUCGAAUGUUCUGGAAUAUUUUGCAGAAUAUAUUUUAUUGGAAGAGUUCCUGCACAACCAGUGUAUUUUAGUGAAGACUAUCAAAGUGAAAAGAACCAAACAGGAUAAAGGGAAAGGUGUAUCAUUUACACAAAGAAGAGGAAAACAGUGAAAAUUAAAGUGAAACAAAACACAAAAUAAAGAAAUAAUGGGAAAAGACUUUUAUCGUAUUCUUGGGAUUUCCAAGGGGGCCAGCGAUGAUGAGAUUAAGAAGGCUUAUCGGAAGCUGGCUCUAAAGUACCAUCCAGAUAAGAAUAAAUCUCCAGCAGCGGAGGAGCGCUUCAAAGAGAUCGCUGAAGCGUACGAAGUGUUGUCUGAUAAGAAGAAGCGCGAUAUCUACGAUCAGCACGGAGAGGAGGGAUUGAAGGGUGGCAUCCCCGGGGCUACUGGACAGGAUGGAACGUACACGUAUGAAUUCCACGGUGAUCCACGAGCUACAUUCGCCCAAUUCUUCGGCUCGAGUGAUCCCUUUGGGGCAUUCUUCGGCACCGAUGGUUCGCGAAUGUUCGAGACUCACAACAUUUUCGGUGGACUUGAGGAUGAAGACGUAUUUGCGGGGCCGUUUGGCGGAAGGGGUCCCGGUGGGGCAUUCCGUUCGCAAUCCUUCAACGUGCAAGGUGGAGGAUCACCCAAAAGACGCAAUCAGCAGGAUCCACCGAUUGAGCACAAUUUAUACGUGGGCUUAGAGGAUGUGGACAGGGGUUGCACGAAGAAGAUGAAAAUCAAGAGGAUGGCCAUGGGGCCAGACGGGCAGCCAUUCAAGGAGGAGAAGAUGUUAACAAUCACAGUGAAACCCGGCUGGAAGGCGGGCACGAAGAUCACGUUCCAGAAUGAAGGUGAUCAAGUUCCCGGAAAAAUCCCAGCAGACAUCGUUUUCAUCAUCCACGACAAACCACAUCAGCACUUCAAACGCGAGGGCAGCGAUAUUCGCUACACGGCAAAGAUCACGCUGAAACAGGCACUCUGCGGCAGUGUCGUGGUGGUACCUACGCUCUCAGGAGAAUCAUUCACAAUCAACACAUCCGGGGAAAUUGUAAAGCCCAACACGGUGAAGAGAUAUCAAGGCAAGGGACUUCCAUUCCCCAAGGAACCUUCAAAGCGUGGCGAUCUGCUCGUUUCAUUCGACAUCAAAUUCCCAGACACGAUAACCCAAUCCACUAAGGAUAUUCUCAUGGAUCUCCUGCCAAAUUAAAGGGAAGGAAGGAAGAAAAAAUAUUCAUAUUAUUGCAAUAUUUCUCAUUUGAUUGUAACCCCCGCCUCCUAUAAACUACCUACAAACAAAAACAUAAUAUUGUAAUGGAUAAAUUGAUAUUAUAAUGUAAAUAAAUUUAAGUACGUUUUAGUACAAAA